GGGUUUGUGGGUGUUGUAGUCUGCGUGUGCGUGUGCGCGACCCAGAACGCCGGCUACUGGUUGAACUAGGUACGGGCCUGAGGGGCGCAGAGCUGGGGAUCCGUUGUCUGCGUGCCUGGGGAGCCACGGGGUUGUGCAAGGUGGAGUGUCAUCUUUGUUUACCAGGUUCCAUGAGGACCUGGGCAACAUGGUGCCCGCUGGCCAGGUGGCAGAAAAGCAGGCAUGCGAAGAGCCCAGGCAGGACCACGAACUUAAGUCCUGGCGAUGCUUAGUGUUCUACCUCUGCUUCUUUGGCUUCAUGGCACAGUUGCGGCCAGGGGAGAGCUUCAUCACACCGUACCUCCUGGACCAUAACUUUACCAAGGAGCAGGUGACCAACGAGAUCAUUCCGAUGCUGCCCUACUCCCACCUGGCCGUGCUGGUACCCGUGUUCCUGCUCACCGACUACCUGCGAUACAAGCCAGUCCUGGUCCUGCAAUGCCUGAGCUUCGUGUGCGUGUGGCUGUUGCUGCUGCUGGGCACCUCGGUCGUGCACAUGCAACUCAUGGAAGUCUUCUACAGCAUCACCAUGGCGGCACGCAUCGCCUAUUCCUCGUACAUAUUCUCCCUGGUGCACCCCUCCCGCUACCAGCGCAUGGCCAGCUACUCCCGGGCAGCGGUACUGCUGGGAGUCUUCAUCAGCUCUGUGUUGGGCCAGGUGCUGCUCACCCUAGGACGGAUCUCCACCCAUACGCUCAACUGCAUCUCCCUGGGCUUCAUCCUCUUCAGCCUGGGCCUCUCCCUCUUCCUAAAGCGUCCUAAGCGGAGCCUCUUUUUCAACCGCAGUAUAAAUGCACGUGGAGCUUUGCCCUGUGAACUGGAUCAGAUGCACCCGGGGCCUGGCCGGCCAGAGCCCGGGAAACUAGAGCGCGUGCUGGGCACUUGCAGGGACUCCUUCCUGGUGCGCAUGCUGAGUGAACUGGUGGAAAAUGCCAGGCAACCGCAGCUGCGUCUCUGGUGCCUCUGGUGGGUCUUCAACUCUGCAGGCUACUACCUGAUCACCUACUAUGUACAUGUCCUGUGGAAAAGCACUGACAACAACCUCAACUACAAUGGCGCCGUAGAUGCUGCUUCCACACUGCUGAGCGCCAUCACGUCCUUCUCCGCGGGCUUCGUGAACAUCCGCUGGGCUCUGUGGUCAAAGCUGGUCAUCGCAAGUGUGAUAGCCAUCCAGGCCGGCCUGGUUUUCUGUAUGUUCCAGAUCCAGGACAUCUGGGUCUGCUACGUGACCUUCGUGCUUUUCCGUGGGGCCUACCAGUUCCUUGUGCCCAUUGCCACUUUUCAGAUUGCAUCUUCCCUGUCUAAAGAGCUCUGUGCGUUGGUCUUCGGGAUCAAUACUUUCCUUGCCACCGCACUUAAGACAUCUAUCACGCUCGUGGUCUCUGACAAGCGGGGCCUGGGGCUCCAAGUUCGUGAGCAGUUUCGUAUCUACUUCAUAUACUUCCUGAUGAUGUCCAUCACCUGCUUUGCCUGGGCUGGGCUGGAUGGCUUGAGGUACUGCCAGCGUGGUCGCCACCAGCCCCUGACCCAGGCCCAGGAGCUGAGGAGUCCCUUAGAGAAUUCUGUGCAGGCGAUAAGCCUACCGGAUGGAGACCUAAGAAGACCGCAGCCCUCAGCGCCACAGCUACUCUCAGAGGAUGGCAUGGAGGACAGCAGGGGAGACUUGAGAGUCGAAGCCAAGGCUUGACCUGUCUUGACCUUCCUAGCUUCAUCCAGUUCCGUAGCCGGAUUCCUGACUCAGAGGCAGCCCCUCCUGUGUGCACUCCAUCCUGAACCAGCCUGGGCCUGAUGCUACAGUGCUCCCAGUCUACGUUGCCUUGAGUCCGUCUCAGUGUUCAAGACAUGUGGGGACCCCCCUGUUGCCUUUCAGGAGCCCUGAAGUUAGGCCACAGAACUCUCCUUAGGGGCCACCUGUUUUAACUAAUGGGCGAUAGAUAGCUUGUCCUUCUGGUAGCCUCUGAGGACCCUAAACCAGCCUACUUCAUGCUUUAGCAAUGGCUGGAGCCUGCUACAGACACUCAGGGCAGCUCUCUGGAUUUCUGAACCACAUGCCAGGCCACCGCAAGCCUGGGUUGCCUACUGCUUGCCAAGAAGAACCUGUGUUGGGGUCAACUGUGCCCAUCAGGCCGGUCUGCUCUUUGCUCUGGGAAGCUCAGGACAAAUCAUGUCUAUCCCCAGGGCUAGUGAGGUAGCCCGGACACCAGCCAAGUUCCACUGAGGCUUCAGGGUACCAGUUGCCUAUCCUAGACUCCUGGCUAAGCCGCCAUUCUUCCACUAUCGGAGGUGCUUGUCUGAGUGGUUAUCUGAAUUUUUUUUUUUUUUUAAACUUGACAUUAAAAUGGAGAACUACA